ACCAUGCGGCUCCUGCUGCUCGCCCUGCUCUUCUCGUCCUCCUUCGCCCGCGCCGGCUGCGACCCCAAGAUCGUCAACAUCGGCGCGGUGCUGAGCACCAAGAAGCACGAGCAGAUCUUCCGCGAGGCGGUGAACCAGGCCAACAAGCGCCAGGGCACCUUCAAGAUCCACCUCAACGCCACCUCGGUCACGCACAAGCCCAACGCCAUCCAGAUGGCGCUGUCCGUCUGCGAGGACCUCAUCUCCAGCCAGGUCUAUGCAAUAUUAGUUAGUCACCCACCUGCUCCAAAUGAUCACCUAACACCAACACCUGUAUCAUACACAGCUGGCUUCUACAGGAUUCCUGUCAUUGGUCUGACAACACGCAUGUCUAUAUAUUCUGAUAAGAGCAUCCAUCUAUCCUUCUUGCGCACUGUGCCGCCAUACUCUCACCAGUCCAAUGUCUGGUUUGAGAUGAUGCGAGUCUUCAACUGGAAUCAUGUCAUACUGAUUGUCAGUGACGACCACGAGGGUCGUGCUGCACAGAAGAAGCUGGAGACGCUCCUGGAAGAGAGAGAAUCCAAGAGUAAAAAAAGGAACUAUGAAAACCUCGACCAACUUUCCUAUGACAACAAGCGAGGACCCAAGGCUGAGAAAGUUCUUCAGUUUGAUCCUGGAACCAAAAACCUGACUUCGCUGCUGCUGGAAGCCAAGGAGCUGGAGGCUCGGGUUAUUAUCCUCUCUGCCAGUGAAGAUGAUGCAGCCACUGUGUACAGAUCAGCAGCUAUGCUUAACAUGACAGGCUCAGGAUACGUGUGGCUGGUGGGAGAGAGGGAGAUCUCUGGCAAUGCCCUGCGCUAUGCCCCUGACGGGGUGAUUGGUUUGCAGCUCAUUAAUGGGAAGAAUGAGUCAGCUCACAUUAGCGACGCCGUCGCUGUGGUAGCUCAAGCAGUGCACGACUUGUUUGAGAAGGAGAAUAUCACAGACCCUCCGAGAGGGUGUGUGGGCAACACCAACAUCUGGAAGACUGGUCCCCUUUUCAAGAGGGUUUUGAUGUCCAGCAAGUACUCUGAUGGAGUGACCGGGAGGGUCGAGUUUAACGAGGAUGGGGACAGAAAAUUUGCCAAUUACAGCAUCAUGAACCUGCAGAACCGGAAGCUGGUACAAGUUGGGAUUUACAAUGGCAGCCAUGUCCUGACCAAUGACCGGAAAAUCAUCUGGCCAGGUGGAGAAACAGAGAAACCUCAAGGCUAUCAGAUGUCAACCAAAUUGAAGAUCGUGACAAUUCAUCAAGAGCCAUUUGUGUAUGUGAAACCAACACUAGCUGAUGGAACAUGCAAGGAAGAAUUUACCAUCAACGGAGACCCUGUUAAAAAGGUCUUUUGCACUGGACCCAAUGAGACCAUCCCAGGCCGCCCCACUGUGGCAUUGUGUUGCUAUGGCUUCUGCAUUGACCUCCUGAUUAGGCUUGCAGGGGUGAUGAAUUUCACCUAUGAAGUUCACCUGGUUGCUGAUGGUAAAUUUGGCACCCAGGAACGGGUCAAUAACAGCAACAAGAAGGAGUGGAAUGGGAUGAUGGGGGAGCUCCUGAGCGGCCAGGCCGACAUGAUCGUGGCCCCCCUCACAAUCAAUAAUGAGCGUGCACAAUACAUUGAGUUCUCCAAGCCAUUCAAGUACCAGGGACUCACCAUCCUUGUGAAAAAGGAAAUCCCCCGCAGCACCCUGGACUCAUUCAUGCAGCCUUUCCAGAGCACGCUGUGGUUGCUGGUGGGUCUCUCUGUGCAUGUGGUGGCUGUGAUGUUAUACCUCUUGGACCGCUUCAGCCCAUUCGGCCGGUUCAAAGUGAACAGUGAGGAAGAGGAGGAAGAUGCCCUGACCCUCUCCUCUGCCAUGUGGUUCUCUUGGGGGGUCCUGCUGAACUCUGGAAUUGGAGAAGGUGCUCCCCGGAGCUUCUCUGCUCGGAUACUUGGCAUGGUGUGGGCCGGCUUUGCUAUGAUCAUUGUGGCUUCAUAUACUGCCAACCUGGCUGCCUUCCUGGUGCUAGACCGACCUGAAGAGAGAAUUACGGGAAUCAAUGACCCCAGGUUGCGCAACCCCUCUGAGAAGUUCAUCUAUGCCACAGUGAAGCAGAGCUCCGUGGACAUUUAUUUCCGACGGCAGGUGGAACUGAGCACCAUGUACCGGCACAUGGAGAAGCACAACUACGAGAGUGCUGCUGAAGCCAUCCAGGCUGUGAGGGACAACAAGCUCCAUGCCUUCAUCUGGGAUUCAGCAGUACUGGAGUUUGAAGCCUCCCAGAAGUGUGACCUGGUGACGACAGGGGAACUCUUCUUCCGCUCUGGCUUUGGGAUUGGAAUGCGGAAGGACAGUCCAUGGAAGCAGAACGUCUCUCUGGCCAUCCUCAAAUCCCAUGAGAACGGCUUCAUGGAGGAUUUGGACAAGACUUGGGUGAGGUAUCAGGAGUGUGAUUCCCGUAGCAAUGCCCCAGCAACACUCACCUUUGAAAAUAUGGCAGGUGUAUUUAUGCUGGUGGCUGGAGGUAUUGUUGCCGGGAUAUUUUUAAUAUUCAUAGAAAUAGCUUACAAAAGGCAUAAGGAUGCACGAAGGAAGCAGAUGCAGCUGGCGUUUGCAGCCGUUAAUGUGUGGCGGAAGAACCUGCAGGAUAGAAAAAGUGGUAGAGCAGAACCUGACCCUAAAAAGAAAGCCACUUUUAGGUCCAUCACCUCCACCCUGGCCUCCAGCUUCAAGAGACGUAGGUCCUCCAAAGAUACGCAGUAUCAUCCCACUGACAUUACCGGGCAACUCAACCUCUCCGACCCCUCAGUCAGCACUGUGGUGUGACAUUCUCCCACAGGAGCCAUCGGUCCUAGCCAGGCAGCCUAGGAAGGCACAGCCAGGACUUCCUUUCAAAGUGACACUGAUUGGUCUUUACUGGUGAGACAAGAGGGAAGCAUCCUUCAUCCAUACGCAGUGACAUCAUUGUAUAUCUCCUUCCCUUCCUAGGCUCACUGGCAAUAACAGCAUG